AUGGACAGCAGGAUAAAAAUGGACUGCAGAGACAGGGUAACAACAGACAGCGCUGACUUCUUGGCGACCCGACCGCACACCGCCGCGGUUUUGCCAGGCAAGCCCGCUGGGAAUCCACUCCAGUUUGUGAAAGUAGGGCCUGCAGAUCUUGGCAGCAGGGCUCGGGAACAGUUGCGUAGAGCUGAGCUCGCUAAGCGUACAGAUCCUGCUCGUAUAGAACGACAAGAAGACUGGCAGUCGAACUUGGACAACUGGAAGUCCUCGAGACGGAAGCGCGUGGAACACAUAAUUGAGAGGUGCGUAGAGGUGCGGCGAAUGGAGCACGAGCCUUGCCAGCCCCGUGCCAAGUCCAAGACCUUCAACGAGAUGCUGGAAGAACGCGCUGGCCGCAGAAGGCGGAACCCAUUGGCUCUCUACACGGAGGACGAUGGGCACGAUCUGAGCGACCUUGGCAUCGGCACCUCCAGCACCAAGAGCAGUCUGAGCGAAGACUGCGAUACGCAUAGUUUGGCUAGCGACGGUAUCGAUCUGGACAAAAACCAUUCAGACAUCGACAACAUGUCCAACUGCGACACAAAUCGCAAGCUCGGCUCCAGCGCCAACGAAUACGACACUUGCACGACAACCACGAUAAGCUCUCCGGAGCCUGAAGAGUACACUUAUGAGAGCGCCAUUGAGGGCUACAAGUCGCGCAUCAUCUCACAAACGAAUAGUAACAUGAUCAAAACUGUCGUUAAUAAUAAUAUCAAAGAGAAGUCUCCAGAGAAAAAUGGUGAUCUAAACAGAAUCAGGACUAACGUGAGCAUUAAAAUUGAAGAAAAAGUUUCCUCUUUCCAACAUGAAAGAGCUAACGAUGCCAAAAAUAAUAAUCAGAAAAAGGACUUGCCUAAAGUUGAUAUUCACAAAAGGAGAGAACAGUUUGAAAGGGAGAAUUCUCAAGAACCACAAACGAAUAAACCAAAACUGCCUGAAAUAGCCAACAAAAAAUCAAUAAAAGAAAGACUGUCUAGCUUAGAGAAGUUUACAGAGGAGUCACAUGUGCAGAAGUCCCCAAGAGAUCUGUCUAAGUUACCCACUGAAGUCAAACCUUUGAAGGAACGGUUAUCUUCGCUUGAAAAGGUUAAGUCUACAGAACCUGAGAAAAUGAAGAGACUGUCGAAUGGAGAUUUAAACAAUGCAAAAUCUUUGAAGGAACGUCUUUCUAGUUUGAAGUCACAGACAUCUGAGGAAGAUAUUAAACUGACUAAAACAGAAGUCAAAGAGGUUUCCAUGAGUCUCAAAGAGCGUCUUUCUUGUCUUGACGCUGCGAAAAAUAAGGAGAUUUCAAAAAUAUCCGUUGAAGAUGAAAUAUCUCACAACAAAGAUAUCGAAACCAAGCUUGAAGAAACUAAGGAUGACCUGAUGGAUACUUCAUUGAAAUCUAGUUUAUCUGGAAUUGAAAGCCAAAUGCAAAGUUUCUGUCGUUCUUUAGACAGCUUGGACAUUAAUGGACAGUCAUCUCCUAACUCUUUUGAUAGAGUUCAAUCUUUGGAAGACUUUGAUUGCGCUGAGAUGCAGAACAAUACUGUGCCUAGUGAUAUAGAGACAGAAGACAGCGGGAUACACACCGCUAGAGACUCGUGCGUUCCAGCUGAUGAUAUUGCAGACUUGACUCAAGUCGCGUCUCCGAUCGGAGAGCCAGCAAUUGAAGUGUCUGAAUAUGAAUCUUCCAAUGAAGACGGCACACCCAAAGAUGACAUCAUUAUGGAACCGAAGAUUAAAGAAAUCGACAAUCACGAAUCUAUUCAAAUAGUCCAAGAUGUGAUUGUGGAAGAAACUGAGGAGCAAGACCUUAAAACGGACGACGACAGCACUAGCAACUACCUGCAAGCUGUCUCUCAACCUGAAGAGCUAAGCAUUACAGAAAUCACUGAGAUACAACUUGACAAAGAUGAUGAAGAUACUCUAAAAAGUUUGGAAAACCAGGACACCAGUGUAAGUUUGAAUGAGCCUGUUUCUACUGCAUCGGAAAGCGAUACUGUGGUGUUCGAGGGGAAGAUGACUAUACAUCUCAAUUUUAACGAAAUACGCAACAAUAUAAAUGCCGGUGCUGGGAACACUAACAACGUUAAUACUACUAACAGCAUGCCCAUGGUACUCGAUGCUUUAGAGUUAGCAUUAAAAGAACUGGACUCGGAAGACAGCGCAACAAUGGACGAUACGCCUAAGAAGAUAGAAGAAGAUAUUGAUUUUGUUGAGAAGAAGAUAACUGUGACUCCUCUGUACGAGAAUAUAGAUAUCUUCUACCAGAAUACAGAUGAAGCCUUCCCGCUGGAUAUGAACACAAAUGUGUUGGAGCCUCCGAAAGAAAAGCCUCCUCCGCCUCCGACUGAGGACGGAGAGGAUGAACUUCUUGGGAAUGGCAACUUUAAGCAUACAAGCUCAGCCCGCCGCAUCAAGAAGGAAAUACGGAACAAGCGUACUAGCUUCCUUGGAAUCGAAGGCCAAGUAGACGACUCCUACCUAGACGUAGAUCUCACUCUUGCACCAAGACCAGACAUCACCUCUUUCCUGCAAGAAGAGACCAAGAUUGAGAAGCUUCUGUAUAAGAAGACUCUCUCUCACGAUAUGGAUGCUAAGUUAAGAGAUAGCAGAGAUUCUGGUGUCGAUGUAGACAGGGGUCCGUCGGCUGAGGCUUGGUAUAAGGGUCAUUCGUCACCAGAGACUUCGAAUCCUCACAGCAGACAGAAUAGUGAGCCGUACACCCACGUGACAGUGACAUCCGAUGAAGAAGAACAGAGUAAGAAAAGAGAAGAUUUCACAGCCAACUUGAACUCUAAGCUGACAGAGUUAACAGACGCACCGGCAGACAAGAUUGAGAGCAUCGACAAGAAACUGCAGCAGACACAGGAGGUACUCCGCUUCGAAAGAGAACUUCUCCAGCUGGAACAAGAAGAACUACGCCGACAAAGAGAGAAUCUCAUUCGAGAUCAAAACAGGAUCAUUCAAAAAUCUGUUCAAGACAUCUCUACUAUACCUUCUACCCCUGAGAAACCUCCCUUACACGCCAGGCCGAAAAUCACAAAUCAGAACUACAGACAUUCUAUGCCAAACUUAUUACUAAACGAGAACUACGUCUCCAUUCCUCCCGCUGUUCCUGAGAGGCAGAUGGAGGGAGAAAGAGUAGUAGAUGAAAAGAGAAAGCCUUUCGUUUCUGAGGAGCAUAUGCAGAGGCAUUUCGGUGUGGAGGAGAGCAGGAGGCUUCUAUAUGAAGGCAAGGAUUUUAGGAGACAGCCUUUGAGAGUACCCCAGCCGGUAUUGCCUCCGAAACCGAAGAGUCGGGAGUCGAUUGAGAGGGAGAUCACUAUGAGGAGUAGCCGCGUCCCCUCAGCAGUGGAGUACGCCAACGUGCAGCUGCGACCAAAGCCGGUACCCAACGGCAACAGCCCACACUACCAUCCCAUGACCAGGCAUACGCUCCAGGCUCUAUCAGCAGCUCCUACUCCGAAGCUGAUCUCGAACACGGACUGGAUGCAGGCGCGUCAGGCCACGAGGAAACCAGCUAACUAUAAUUACAACCAACAUUGGCUUAUACAGGAAGCCGAACAACGUCGUAUUGAAGAAGCUCGGAGAACUAGGGCGACGCAACGUAACUCGUACCACCAGGAUGUACAGCAUCCUGCACAUCCCACGCAUCCAGCUCAUCUGCACGACAUGCAAACCCUCAGCAAUAGCCAACAACAGUUAUGUAGCGACAUUAAGCGUCCAGUCCGGACGGAGACGAGAGAAGAUAAGCUGCUCAGCGUCAGCGGACGCAAGAAGUGCUCACAUUGUGGAGAGGAACUUGGUCGCGGCGCGGCGAUGAUAAUCGAGUCGCUGUCGCUGUGCUACCACGUGCGCUGCUUCACGUGCGCGGUGUGCGGCGCGGCGCUGGGCGACGGGCGCGCAGGCGCCGACGUGCGCGUGCGACACGCGCGCCUGCACUGCCAGCACUGCUACUCCUCCGACGACGGCCGCAAGUACUCGGCCGUGUGA